ACGUUCAACAUCAAUGGUAUGUGGUUUUAGUUUUAAAAAAAUGUUGUAUGUGUCCCUAGGCUUCUACAGUGACAAGUUACGCCAGGUGAACGUCCCGUACAUCACCACGUCCUCAUGCAGAGCAACCAAUUACAAAAAAAGGAUUAAAUCAUCGAUGGUAUGUGCUGGACCUCUGAACGGCGGAAAGGACGCAUGCUACGGAGAUUCUGGCGGACCGCUGGUGUGCAAGAUUGAGAGCGGAGACACAGUAACGUGGGUACAGCACGGCAUCACUAGCUGGGGGUAUGGCUGUGCACAGCCCAACUCCCCGGGGGUCUACAGCAAGGUCUCCUACUUGUUACCAUGGAUACAAUCAAUCAUGGAUAAUAAUUAA